GCCAAAUUAGUAAAGACGGCAGUGAGCGCUGUUAAUGUUAAUGAGCAGUACAUAUGCCUAUGUUUUGGUCGUGUAGUUUGUUGUUUGUAUACGGUGUCUGUGUAUUCGCAUGGAAGAACCUCCUGUUAUCUGACACUUUACCUUAACGGAACUGGAAAUCUGAAGAUCAUGGCGGUGCCUUUUGUUCAGGACUGGGAUCUGGUGCAGACUCUAGGAGAGGGCGCAUAUGGCGAAGUCCGCCUGCUGGUCAACAGGAAGACUGAAGAGGCGGUGGCAGUAAAAGUUGUGGACAUGUCCACUGCCAAGGACUGCAUGGACAAUGUGAAGAAAGAGGUGUGCGUGCACAAGAUGCUGUCCCAUUCCAACAUAGUGCGCUUCUAUGGGCACAGAAGCGAGGGCUCCAUUCACUACAUCUUCCUGGAGUAUUGCAGUGGCGGGGAGCUGUUCGACCGAAUAGAGCCGGACGUGGGGAUGCCGGAAAAGGAUGCGCACAGGUUUUUUCAGCAGCUAAUAGCUGGAGUGGAAUACCUCCACAGUAUCGGAAUCACACAUCGAGACAUCAAGCCAGAAAACAUUCUGUUAGAUGACAAAGACAAUCUGAAAAUCACAGAUUUCGGACUGGCCACCAUGUUCCGGCACCGUGGCCGCGAGCGUAAGCUGGCCCGUCUGUGUGGCACUCUGCCCUACGUGGCACCAGAGCUCAUGUCCCGUUCCGAGUUUCACGCUCAGCCUGCAGACGUCUGGGCCUGCGGGAUCGUUCUGACCGCCAUGCUGGCUGGAGAGUUGCCGUGGGAUCAGCCAAGUGAGAGCUGUCAGGAGUACUCUGACUGGCUGCAGAAGAAAACCUACCUAACACCGUGGAAGAAAAUUGAUUCCAUGCCUCUUGGUCUGUUAACUAAGAUACUGCUCCAUAGUCCUGAGGACCGGAUCACCAUUCCAGAGAUCAAAAAGCACCGCUGGUUCAGCAGGAGCUUCAAAACAGGGGGAAAACGCCAGGCUGACGUCCACGGCCCGUUGACCAAGAUGCUACGCUCUGACUCGGAGAGAUCUCGGCUAGCACGAACGAACAGUGGUGAGCGGAUGCAGAUUUCCAGCUCUCAGCCAGAGCCGCAGGGAUUGUGGGAGGUCAAAGACGACGUGGUACACACGGAGGGCGCUCAGGUCAGCUUUUCCCAGCCUGCCUGCCCUGAUCACAUGCUAUUAGGAAGCCAACUGCUGGGCACACCGGGCGCUAGCCAGAACCCAUGGCAGAGGCUGGUGAGAAGAAUGACCAGAUUCUUCACUACCCUGAAGGCAGAGGCGUCCUGCACGGCCAUGCGGGACACAUGUGUUAACCUGGGCUACACGUGGAAACAGAGCUGCACCAACCAGGCGACGGUUUCUACAUUGGAUCGCCGUCACAACAAACUGAUCUUCAAAAUCCACUUCCUGGAAAUGGAGGAACGUAUUCUUGUAGAUUUCCGACUAUCAAGGGGUGAUGGUUUGGAAUUCAAGACCAUAUUUGUUAAACUCAAACAAAAGCUGUCAGACAUAAUAAGUAACCAAAGGGUUCCUUUAGUUUUUACAUGAUGACCUAAACCACCCAGUGUUGAUGAUCUACACAUCUCCGUAUUACAUGUUUUGUUUUUUUCCCUUACUUGCUACACUAGUUUUCAGUGCUUCCAUUUUAUUAGAAUGAGUAAGAGAGGAGAAAACAUAUAGGUUUGUAAAGGCUGUUUGUUCCUGUUCUCCCCUUCUUUUACUGUGAAGUUUUAAGACUUUGUUCUUGUUCAUUUGUUUUCAAGUUUUAUCCUGCUGCUCCUGUUAGAAAAAGCUCAGAAUAAAUGCUAUUUUCAAAACUGA